CGAGCACACCACCCAGAACACACCUGAAUAUUUUCAGAGCCAGGUGACAAGACAGAGACCCCGACAGCUACACAAACUGGGAAAAGACGAACCAAGGAUGAACCUGAGUGCCAUUCUGAGGAGUGUGAGCAACGGUCUAGGCUUUGGGUUAGCCACAAAAAAAGCGGAUUUGCAGAGACCGCCGUCCACUUCCGAUUCGAGUGCCUCUUCAACGAUUUCCGACACUCCCCUCUCCAGUUUUAAUCCGGUUUCCAGUCUUUUGGUUCCCUCGGAGGACGAAGAGGACCUCACGGCGGCCGAGAAUCGCCUGGCCUCGGCUGCUGCAAACCUUAACAAGAACAACAAUCCCUAUCAGCAGAUAAUCCAGCAGAUCCUGCGACUGGUCAGCGAAUUGGAGCACACGAUCCGCGAGGAUCAGCAGCAGGAAUUCAAGCUACGAAUGGCCCUCGAUCGCCAAACGGAGCGGGUGCAGGAAUUGGUUUAUUCACUGGACACGGAAAAGAAGCGGAACGGACGGCUGGUGCAGUUGCUCCGUGGAAUCGAUUCAGCCAGUUCCGAGGACAGCGAUCCGGAGGAACGACCACCCAGCGGAUCCCAUGUGAAGUCCAUCGGGGAGUUGUACGAUUCCAUCAGUCCACUGCUUAUGCAACAGCGCUACGAUGAGCUCUCUGUUUCCCAUCGCCAAAGUCGUCGGCAGUUGGCCAAAAAGGAAAAGGCUUUAAAGAUCCUUAAAUGCGAGACGGAACAACUUCAUUCUAAAUACGAUCAGCUCUUCGAUGAAUAUAGAAAUGAACAGCGACGAUUUGAGAUGCUCUGUGCUCGCUAUAUCCAGAUGCAAUUGAAGAAGAAACAGCAAAUCUUCAACCUGAAGAAUACACUCGGUCACGCCAGUGAGUGCAUUUUCCACGCCCAAGCGGCAAUCGACGAGUUUUGUCAGCGGGGCAAGUUACCCAUUUCCCAGGAAAAACUGCACAACUUCAGCAGAAAUUUGGAGUGUUUCAUGGACGCCCUGAGAAAUUGCUGCUGCCAACGAAAAGUCCACGAAAUUCAGCAGAAAAAGCUGCAAAAAUCAGAGACGGAAAGUAAAGAAAUCUUUGAUUUGGUGACCCCAAAAGCCAAGGAAUCCUCGUUUGCCAGUAGUCGCACCAUUGUUCAGGAAUCCUCAAAACAAUAUCAUCGAACUCGACGUCACUUUCAUUCAACUCGUUCACUUUAAGUUACUCCUUGGCGUUAGGUUUAUUGUGAUAUUUUUAUCCUAUAAAAAAUUGCUUCAUUUAGCAAAUGAAAAGUGUAAAAAAAAAUCAAAAAUAUGUUUAGACAAAUAUAUAAAAAAACAAAACCUAA